UGGCGGCUCGAUAAGCACGUUUAGAGGCUUGGGGGCAUGCCAGUCAUGCUCGACCAGCAAAGUCAAGAUGUGCUCAGAGAGAUCAUUCACCAAGAGCUGGUGGCCUUCCAAGCCCGAAUCCUGGAGGAUACCAGGAGGGAGCUCGCAGUUCGCAGCAGCGAGAGCUACCGCCAAAAAGGCGGCCACGACGGCGAGACAGGCUGGCCCAUCGGUACCAGCGGUGCCAUCGGCGCCAGCGGUGCCAUCGGCGCCAGCGGUGCCAUCGGUGCCAAGUGUGCCACCGGCGAAAAGCCGGUGGAGACUGAGAUGGAGGAAGACCCCUGCCACAGCCCAGGCCAGCGCUCUGAGAUUAGUGGGCCCAGCUGCGCGAGCCUGGCCAACAAACCCAACGCAGUUGCGCAGAAGAUCGGCGUCGUCAUCGAUGCCCACCUCACCAAAAGCCGGCAGCGACCCGUGAAAACGCGGCUGCAGGUGUUCGUUAGGAGCCAAAGCUUUGAGAUGUUCUUCGCCAUGGUGGUGCUUGCCAAUGCCAUCCUCGUGGGCGUCAGGGCAGAUACGGACAGCGACGGGACCGGGUCCCUCGCCUUCGACGUGCUGGAGCUGCUGGUGGCGAUGCUGUUUUUCGUCGAGCUCUGCUUCCGUAUGGCUGCAUCAGGCAUGGCAUAUUGGAAAGGCAGGGCAGGAUUUUGGAACUUUUGCGACGCGUUGCUCAUCGUGUUUAUGUUUGUGGACGCCGCUUGCGCUCUGGGCGGGAUCUUCAUGUUCGGCGUGGACGACGGGGGUUUGAUGCGGCUCUACCGGGUGCUGCGCCUGGUGCGCGUGGCGCGGAUGGCGCGGCUGUUUCAACUGGUGCCCGAGCUGAACUUCACGCUCUCCUUGAUGUUGCAGUCCCUGUCCUCCUUCUUCUGGGCUGCGGUGCUGAUGAUGCUGCUGCUCUACCUCGUGGCGCUCUACUUCACCAUCGUGUCCGAUCAAUUUGUGGAAGCUGGCUCAGUCGCGGCAGUGCAGGCAUACUGGGGCUCGACGGGUUCGUCGAUGAACUCCCUCUUCCUGGCCGUGUUUGGCGGGGAGGACUGGCACAACAUGCUGCUGGUCUUUGGGCAGGGCUCGGGGUGGUACAUCAUCAACAGCAUGGUCUUGGCGCUCUUCGUCGGCUUCGUGCUGGUGGUGAUGCUGAAUUUGGUGAACGGCGUCCUGGUGGAAGGCGCCCAGGAGAUGAUCGCGGACAUGAAGCGGGACGAGUUGGUGCGCAUGGCCGCGGACAUCUUCGUGCAGACGGGGAAGCAGGCGGGCAGUGAGCUGUCCAAGGCGGAGUUCGAUCAGCUCGUGACGACGGAGGCUAUGGAGAAGUAUCUGAUGGCCAUCGGUCUUGAAAUCGGCGAGGCGGACGACCUCUUUCAAUUCCUGGACCGGGAUGAUUCCGGAAGUCUCAGCAUCGUCGAGUUUGUGCAGGGCUGCCUGCGGCUGAGGGGCCCUGCAAAGGCCUUGGACCUGGCGGAGAUGCGGCUCUGGUCCAAGGAGCGCAAUGUUGAAAAUCAGACCAGAAUGGCCGGAAUCCAGCAGCGAUUGUACGAGCUCGGCCUCGAGAGGAGGAGCUUUCGAGGCAAGGAUUCCGAGGACUUGUCGCCUUUGCCGCCAGUGGGGGAGGACCUGCCACCGGAGGUGCUCCCGCGCCAGUCACCGAACCUUACCAUGAUGAAGCCUCUGUCGCCUUUGUGUUCGCCGCUAGGCUCUCGCUUCAACUGAAGGAUUUUUCAUGCACGCUUCCGACAAAUUGCACGGAGAAUUCCGACGCUGGUUUCAACUUUCGACCAGAGGUAAGUAGUGUCCAUUGGCCACGACCAUGUCACAAC